GGCUUUGGGCUUUUCGGCAGGAUUUCAUCAUAGACACUGCUAUUAACACUACCUAAGCAACAUAACACCGACACUUUCCCGCAUCUAUGCCAUAGCCCGAAAGUAGUUCUAUCGGCAUCAGGCAUACAACCAAUCAUCGACGAAACUUCGCAAACGUGAUUACAUUGGCAUAACAAUCUUUGAAUUUCAUCCCGCAGCGCACGAUGGUCUUGUUUUCCAAGCACCGCUAUGAAAACAAUACAUAAAGUCUGCUCCACCAUCCUUAUCGUCGUUCUGUGCGCAUUGAGUUUUGGGAUCUAUAAAAAGUGCUCCUGGAGUACCACUGAGGACGUCAUGUUUGGAAAAUUAUCGUUGACCGCGAGCUACUUGCUCUUUGCUUAUACUGCAGUGGGCGAAGAUGCGGACCUCAAUGCUUCACUGCGUCUCAACCAUAUUCAGGUGGUAGGGACCCAUAACUCCUACCAUCGCGAGAUAUCCCUCGCUGAGCGUACAGCUUUCGAAAAAUACAUGCCCAAGCCCGAAAACUAUUAUUACUCGCACUCCAAUCUCGCCAAUCAGCUCUCAUACCAGGGUGUGCGCUCACUGGAGCUCGAUUUGCAUCCCGACGACGAAGGCGGGCUUUACAAUCCGCCGCUGCUCUGGAAACUCGCCAAUCUAACCAAUGCUACAACACCUUUCGACGGGGCUGUUCUUGAUCCUUCAGGCCUAAAAGUCUUCCACGUGACAGACCUCGAUCCGGAUUCUGUGUGCCACACUUUCGUACAGUGUCUAACGGAGCUUAAAGUCUGGUCUGAUGCUCACCCUUCGCACAUUCCCAUCAUUAUCGACCUGGAGCUCAAAUCUGACGCUCCCGCCUGUUCAAUCGGCGGUAUUUGCCCUACAGAUGGAUCCCUGAACUGGACACUACCCCGUAUUCUCAGUGUGGAGGACGAGAUCCAAUCCGUGAUUCCCAGGGAGAAACUUCUCACCCCCGACGACGUGCGCAAAGGCAAUCUCACACUCGAGCAAAGUGUUUUGGAGUUAGGGUGGCCCAGCCUGUUCUCAUCUCGUGGAAAAUUCAUGUUUUUCUUCGACAACGAUCCGAAUCCGUCGAAUCCGUCUGAUAUCAGAAGUCUGUAUACAUCCUCUGGCCACGAGUCGCUGCAGAACCGCACUGUAUUCACCAACGCCGUCGAGGGCGAGCCUGACGCUGCUGUGCUGAAACGCAAUGAGCCGCGCGGUGCAGAGAACCUGGCGGAAGUCCAGAGGCUGGUCAAGAAAGGUUAUUUGAUCAGAACAAGAGCGAAUGUACCGCUCGAGACUGUGUUGGCGAGAGAUGGGACGAUGAGGGAAAAUGCGUGGGAGAGCGGAGCGCAGAUUGUUAGCACUGAUUAUCCAGCUUGGGGUAUGGCAGCUCGGUGGGGUUGGGAUUAUGUGGUCGAGGUUGAUGGUGGAAGAGUUACGAGGUGUAAUCUAGUUGCUAGACCUAAUGGAUGUGGCGGAGAGAUUGCCGACUAG